CAGAUGAUGGUAUUCGAAGUUUGAACUGGUUGAAUGCCCACCUUUUGGUGUCUUUACAGCAUUCCAGACCGAGGUUCUUGUUUACACUAAAGGAGAAGGGGCCAAGUAAAGAUCUUCAGGAGUAGGGAUUUUCAAGGUUCCUGGAGAUGGCCUGUGUUCAAGAUCAAUUGGAGAUCAAAUUUAGAUUGACCGAUGGAUCGGAUAUCGGUCCUAAAACCUUUCCUGCUGCUACCAGUGUUGCAACCUUGAAGGAAAGUUUUCUUGCACAAUGGCCUAAAGAGGAGGAGGAUGGUCCAAGAACAGUGAAAGAUCUCAAGUUAAUUAGUGCUGGAAAAAUAUUGGAGAACAACAGAACACUGGGGGAGUGCCAAAGCCCUCUUUGUGAUAUUCCUGGCGGGUUGACAACGAUGCAUGUCGUCGUUCAGACUCCUCCAGGGAAAGAAAAGGCAGCAAAUAAAACACAGCAGAACAAAUAUGUCUCUGUCAUAUUAUAAUCCACAGCUCGCCGAGAGGAUAACGUCAUUUUCAGACGAGGAGUGCUUGAACUGGUAUAGAAGUUCAACUUGGGGACUUUUACGAUUGAUGAAGGUGAUCAGCAACUCAGCAUCUUGCAUAUUU